AUGGGGCUGCCGAGCUGGGCUCCAACGGCUGCCCGGGGCGGGCUGAAGCUGGUUAUUGCCGGCUGCCUCGCCCUGUUCAACUAUGUUUUCUGGUAUUGGGUGACAGAUGCGUAUUACGUCCAGAUGGCGGCCAUCUUUAACAACUGGGGACUCAAAUACCCUCGCUCGGGGAGCCUGGGAGUCAAGUCUCUGGACGCCUAUGACACCGGCAUGGUGGCGCUCAUGUGGCUGCCCCUCCUCGCGGCAGCCUACGCCACGCUGGUGCUGCAGGCAAUCCCUAAGGGCGCAGUGCCCCGUGCCUACACUCGGCUGAGGCGGCAGAUCCGCAUCGUGCUGGCGUGGGAGGCGCCGCCCCGCCGCUUCUUCACAUGGUGGUGCGGCGGCAUGAGCGUGCGCGACUUGAUUGUGGUGAUCUUCAUGGUAGCUGCCAACCUCUGGUACUUCAUCUGGUACUACCGCUCCUACGAUCGCCAGCUGGACGCAGUCGCAGCAGCGGGGGUGGCCUUCCCCGAGCCGCGCUGGCGGCUGAUGCUGGAGAGGGUGGCCAUCAUUUUCGGCAUUAUGAUGUGGCCCAACAUCUGGAUGCUCUUCUUCCCCAUCCCUCAGUCCUCGUUCCUUCAGACGCUGACGGGCCUGCAGUACACCGAAAUGAUACGGUACCACAGGUGGGUUGGCCAGAUCACACUUGUGGUAUUGUCGCUCCACGGCUGGCUGUACUACCUGUACUGGGCGCUGAAGCAGGAGUUCUGGUACAACUUCUCCAACUGGGGCACCCUCAGCUCCAUCAACUACCUGGCCGGCACCAUCUCCUACCUCUUUGCCCUCGUCCUCUGGUCCUCCUCCCUCAGCUGGGUGCGCAGGCGCUUCUUCGAGGUCUUCUACCGCUGCCACAUCGUGUGCUUCCUGGGCUUCACCUUGUUUGCAUACAUGCACUAUUUCUGGUCCUGGAGCUACUUCCUGCCAGGCAUCAUGCUGUACGGCGUCGACCUCGUCCUGCGGGCGGGCCAGCUGUCCCAGACCACCCUCGUCACGGCCGCCUCUGUGGACAAUGAGGCGGGGGUGGCCACCAUUCAGCUGAAGACCUCCAAGGACAUCACUAGCGCCUGCCCCGUGCACGAGCUCUUCCUCAUGGUGCCAUCCAUCUCACGCUGGCAGUGGCACCCCAUCACCGUGGCCGGCACAGAGCCAGACGCCAGCGGCAGCGGGUCCAUCAUCACCCUGAGCAUCAAGCGCUACGGCAAGUGGACCAAGGUGGGGCCUGGCGAAGGGACUGCAGGGUCAGGCUCCAGCGGUGUGGAGGGCCAGACGUUAUCUUCAUCUCCCCAGGUCCCCAAGCACUGCCUGUGGGAGGGCUGCACGACUCUGGUCCUCCUGGGCGGCGGUGUUGGGGCCACCCCGCUGCUGGCCCUGCUGCGAGAGAUGAUUGCCGAGCGCAGGGCCGAUCCCAAGGCGGCCAGCAGCCAGCCUGGGCGCGUGCACUUCCUGUGGGCCAGCCGCCAGCCCCGCGAAAUCUGCAUGCUGGACGGAGCGGUGCUGGAGGCUGCGCGGUCCAGCGACGGCUGGCUGACUCUGGAGCUGUUCAGCACCCGGCCGAUGCCGGCGGCAGCUGACGCGGCGGAGGAAGGGGUGCACGGGGCCAAGGAGGGGGGCCUGGGCAAGUCCGACUCCGGCAGGGCGUCGUCGGAGGGCAGCCAGGAGCUUAAGGCCGAGGACAGCUUCGGCAAGGAUGCGUCCCAGCCCUCCAUGGCUGUGUACCACGGGGUCGCCGACCCCGCCGUGCUUUCCUCCCCCUUCUUCCACAAGUUUGCCAGGGUCAUCCAGCCCCAGGCGGUUGGCUCUUGGCACCUGGCCCUGGUGUAUGUGCUGGUGUGGGUGGGCACCUUCCUGGGGACAGUCCUGGGCGGCGCGUAUGUGGGCGAGGCAUACACCUACUUCGACACCAGUGGCAUCUCCGUGUACCCCAACACCCUGUACUGGAAGGUUGGCAUGGUGUGGUUCUUCACACAAGCCAUCAUGAUGAUUGGUGUGCCAUACAUCCUGGCGGUGCUGCCCCUGCACGUGUGGAGGUACUGGCGCGCCACCCGCAACCCCGACUCUGCAGAGGUCCUGCCUCUGGCCCCACCUCACCACCCCACGGGGCACGGCAGCGGCUGCCAGCUGGUGGGAGGCAUGCUGACGGCCGGCGGGGAGUCUGGCCUGGAGAUCCUGAGUGGGCGGCCCGCGAUGCGCGAUGCCCUGCUGGCGGUGGGCAAAGACCUGACCCGCAGCGACACAGUGGGCGUGUUUGUGGGCGGCCCCGAGCCGAUGACGCGCCAGGUGCAGCUGGAGACGGCCUCGCUCAACGACUGGGGCCAGCCGGGCCCCCACUAUGCCUUCCGUGCCAUGGCGCACAUGCUGUGACGUGCUGUGGUCGCCGCCCAGAUGCUGCCACACGCCGCCGCACACAGCCACACGAUUCAAUAAAUGUUUUUGCUACCCGGUGAAGGCCAACAUUCAGCCCCCUUUCCACACUCGUCAACAAAAUCGAUGUUUUGUCCUGCCUGCGGAUGCCGUCUUGCCACCCCUUCAAGCCUUUCUUCCUUCUGCCCCGCAUAAAAGCCAAGGAACUGGUGUUGUCUGGUCCAUUGCCCGCACCUCACACCACCGGCUCCCAACCCCUUCCCGAUCAGACUCAGAGCAGCACAUUACACUGCUGUGCAACAUUCUGGUGCCCACUGUAAAUAAAUUGCGUGAGAAUGAGCAGCAGGGAGGAGGCGGCACAAAGUAGGCACAACAGCUUCAGCUGGGACGCGGCAGCUGCCAGUUCAGCAGCUGCGUACCUCGCCCCGCCACCCCAACUAGGUAUUUAACAGCGGUAUCUGGAAGCAGCGCCGAGCCAGCCUGGUGGCCUGGAGAAGCGCCCGGCACCAGCAGCGGCGCCGGCAGCACGUCGAGCGCAGCGGGCUCCACCACCUGCGUGAAGCAGCACCCCGCCUCCUCCACCUCCAAGCUGGCCUCGCUCCCGCCAUCGCCCCCUCGCCUGCCGCCGCCGCCGCCGCUGCUGCUGCGGGCGCGGUAGCGAGCCGUGUCCAUCCAGGGCAGAACCAGCUCAGCUCCGUCUUCCAACCACAGCUCAUCAUCUGCGCCGCUCUCUCCAUCUGCCAGCGCCAAGCCGUCCAGGCUCGGCAGCCCCGCUGUGCUAGGUGGCGCGGCCCACUGUGGCUGCUGGGGCCGCUGAUCCUCCUCCAGCCGCACCCGCCAGCAGCGCACCUGCUGGUCGAGGCCAACCGAGAAGGCGACAGCAGUCACCGGAGCUACUGCUGGUGGCGGCGGUGAUGGCUGAGCAGGCGGGCCGGGCUGCUGGCCCAGCCACACCGAACGCACC